AUGAACCAAGCAACAAUUGAUCUAGAGGAACCAACCAAAGAAGAUUUUGAUUGGAUGAAGGCUUUAAUUGCAAGAUUUGUUAAAGAAACAGAUUCUAUAAUUGGACAACGUAUUUUGGAUGCUUGGGAGACGGAACGGCAUGAAUUUAUUAAAUUAAAUUAUAAAAAAGCUUUGAAAAUGAUUGAACAAGAGGAAGAAGCAAAAAUACGGGCCAAAGAGGAAAAGGAGAACCAGAAGUUAGAGCAACAGAGGAUCGGAAAUACUUUGCAGAUAAUUCAGCAAAGACGAAGAAAAUUCUCUAAGGCGACAAGAGAAGUGGACUUUUCUGGUUUUGAAGCAACUGAAGAUGUGCAAGAACAAAAUAUGAAUGUAGAAGAUGAAGAGAUUGAACAAUUGUCAGAUCUUGAUUCUGGAGAUGAAUCUGGAACUGCUGAUGACCGUAAAAAACGGAAUGGUGACAUUGAAGAUUUGUUGGCCGUUGCCUUGAAAAGUGGGGAGGAAGAGCUUGACAAAAAACGAGGCUUUAUUAAAUAUAAACGGCAGAAGGUUAUUUACAGGCCUCCUGAACAACGACUGAAAGAUUGGGAUGAGGUUGUUGACUAUAGAGCAGUUCGAUCUAAUAUUAGAGAGCAAGCAGCACGAUGUAUGGAUUGUGGAAUUCCAUUUUGUCAAGGAAAUACUGGUUGUCCUCUUGGAAAUAUAAUUCCAAAAUGGAAUGAUUAUGUUUUUAAAAAUAAUUGGAGACAAGCUCUUGAACAACUUUUACAAACAAAUAAUUUCCCUGAAUUUACUGGUCGUGUUUGUCCGGCUCCUUGUGAGUCUGCGUGUUGUGUUGGAAUUAGUUCCCCGCCGGUAACAAUAAAGGGAAUUGAAUGUGCUAUAAUUGAUUAUGCUUUUUUGAAUAAUUGGAUUGAGCCACAAAAACCUCCAACUCGAACUGGAAAGAGAAUAGCUAUCAUUGGUAGUGGACCUGCAGGACUGGCAGCUGCUGCACAGCUUAACAAGGCUGGCCAUACUGUUGUUGUUUAUGAACGAAAGAAUAGAAUUGGUGGAUUACUUCGCUAUGGAAUUCCACAAAUGAAAUUGGACAAGUUUGUCUUGGAUCGUCGGUUAAAGCUAAUGGAAGAGGAAGGGAUAAGAUUUAUUGCAAAUACAGAAAUUGGAAAACACGUACCCGCAGACUUAUUAUUAAAAGAAAAUGAUGUUUGUGUUUUGUGUACAGGAAGUACAACACCAAGAGAUAUUAGAAUUCCUGGAAGAGAAUCUAAAGGAAUUUGUUUUGCAAUGGAAUUUUUAGAAAAAAGUCAACGACGAAGAGCAGGCGAUAAUGUUUCAUGGGAAGGAUUGGAUCCCGCCUCUAAAAAAGUUAUUGUUUUGGGUGGUGGAGACACUGCAACUGAUUGUAUUGGAACUUCUUUAAGGCUUAAUGCAAAGUCUGUUCAAGCUUUUGAAAUUUUACCUCAACCACCACCUGAAAGAAAACCUGAAAAUCCUUGGCCACAAUGGCCCACUAUUUUCCGUGUGGAUUAUGGACAUGAAGAGGCACAAGCACGUGAUGGGAAAGAUCCAAGAACUUAUGCAAUUAGUACAAAGGAAUUUAUUACCGAUGACAAAAAUGGUGUUCAAGUAGUGACUGGACUUAAGACAAUUGCAAUAGAAUGGGUUAAAGAUGAUAAAGGAGCUUGGAAAAUGAUUGAAAAGGAGGGAUCUGAAGAGAUACAUGAAUGCGAUCUUUGUAUUUUGGCAAUGGGAUUUGUGGGUCCAGAAAAGACAGUAAUUGAUCAACUUAAAUUGGACUAUGACAAUCGUCAAAAUAUAAAAACACCGGUAGAGAAAUAUAAUGCAAGUGCUGCCAGAGUUUUUGCAGCAGGAGAUUGUCGAAGAGGUCAAUCUUUAGUAGUAUGGGCAAUACAUGAAGGCAGACAAGCUGCUAGACAAGUUGAUCAUUAUCUUAUGGGGUCGACAAAUCUAGCUGGACAUGGUGGAAUUGUUAUGGAUCCAAUUCCAGAUUGA